UUUAAGUAGUACAUUUACCGUAUUGGAUAACGAUGCCAGUUAUGGUUUUUGACCAGCGCAGAUCUCCGUCACAUCACAGAAGCGUCUUGGGAAAUGCUGAAUAUACUGUCCCUGGAUCUGUGGUAGAAUCGAAUGCCCUUCCAUUGAAUCGUGCUAGACUGUACUAGACGAGCGAAAACAGACUCCAUUUUGUAAUUCGGGCUUUAAGGAAGGCUGCUUAUUUCGGGUAGGUAUUUAGGCCGCGUAUUUCCCCCAUCAAAAUUAACAUUAACGUUAAUGGCUGGAGAGGGGCACUCACCAAGGACUGCUGAGAAAAUGAACGGGUGUCGCAUCUUUAUUGGACGCCUGAAUCCCUCUGCCAGGGAAAAAGAUGUCGAACGCUUCUUCAAAGGAUAUGGCAGAAUCCGUGACAUUGAUCUGAAACGUGGAUUCGGUUUUGUGGAGUUUGAUGACCCAAGAGAUGCUGAAGAUGCUGUUUAUGAACUUGAUGGCAAAGAACUAUGUAAUGAAAGGGUGACUAUUGAGCAUGCUCGUGUGCGCCUGCGAGGGGGGCGAGGAAGAGGUGGCGGUGGUGCCAGUGGUGGUGGUGGUGGCCGCUUCCCAGCCCGCUACGGCCGAGGCUCCCAGGACAGUCGUAGUCGGAACCCCCCUCCUAUGCGCACCGAGAACCGGCUCAUUGUGGAGAACCUGUCUUCAAGAGUCAGUUGGCAGGAUUUGAAGGACUUCAUGAGGCAAGCUGGAGAAGUGACAUUUGCUGAUGCCCACCGGCCCAAACUCAACGAAGGCGUUGUUGAGUUUGCCUCUUCCAGUGAUCUGAAGAAUGCCCUGGACAAAUUGUCUGGGAAAGAGAUCAAUGGGAGGAAAAUCCGUCUCAUUGAGGCCAACAAAAAGAGGUCCAGGUCUCGUUCUCGUUCCGAGAGCUCUUCGCGCUCUCGUUCCCGCGGACGCUCCCCGUCCCGCUCUCGUUCCCGCUCCCGCAGCAGGAAGUCCUACCGCUCGCGCUCCAGGAGCCGCUCACGCUCGGCCAGCGCCUCCCCGGCCCGGCCCAAGGAGUCCAAGCGUCCGGCGCGGGCCGAGUCCGGCUCCCCGCCGACCCCCGCCGUGCCGCGCGCGCCCGUCUCCCCGGCCCGUUCCCCCUCUCGUUCUCGCUCCCGCUCCCGCUCGCACUCCCGUUCCCUCUCCCCGUCCUCCGACAGUCGCCACUGAGGACCACCCCCACGCAUACACUCACACACACACACACACAGACACACGUGUGCGCUCAAACACACACUCUCUCUCACACACACACACACACACACACACACUUGAUAUCAGCCAAACUGGCUCCUCCAGCUGGGUGUUUUCUCAUGAACAGCCAUUUGCUCGUGCCCCCCCCCCCCCCCCAUAUAUCAGUAAUUUUCCAGUGGUCAGGUGGAACCAUGUUUGGAUAUGUGUACGUUUCCUUUAACUGCAAAAAAAAAAAAACCCACAACCACUCAGAGACAGGUAGUCUUUUACUUUGCCCAAUCUUUUUUGUUUUUAAAUAAGUGCACACCCCAGGGAUUUCAUUUUUACACUAACGAAGCAACGUGACUGUGAAAUUGUUUGGAGGCUCAUUCAGAGGUAAACGACUACCAUUGGUGUGAUAACUGUUCUCCACCAGAGUUCUCCAGUCUCGUGGACUCCUCAUACUGUAGGCAUUGGCACAAAAGUGAACUUCGAUCUACGAAAGGUUCAGUUGUUCUGAUUUGGGUCUUAUGUGGUGAGUAUGGUACUUUUUUUUUUUUUUUGCCCUCAUUUUUACUUUUCUUUAAAAACAUUUUUAUUUGUAAUGAUUGAUGGAAUAUAGGAGAAUAAUUUCAACUGGUGUUAAAGUGUUGUGUAUGGAACAACUACAAAGUAUUGUUUGAUUUUUAUACGUCUGUGUGGAAAAUGUAUUCAGUCCGACAUGAUUUGCGAUUUGUCCUCUUAAAAGCGUAUAAUGGAGUCACUUACUACUUUCUAAAUUUGCUUGAAUUAAUUUGCUGAUUUUGUUUUUUUGUUUUUUAAUAAAAGAGUGGUUUGCUGGUGUUCAUUCCCAUAGAGUAUACAUGGUGGCUCAUAUAGUCUUUGGGUAAUGUCUUUGUGCGGAGUGGGUGCUGGUCGAAUGCGGGGUCAGCAGGUUCGCCGCCAGGGUCUUUCCUCAGUCAUAGCGUGAGGAUGCCCACGCACAGAGCCUAAAGGGCCUUGGCUUUUCAUUGGCCGCUGCUGGUCUCCUUGGUUCCUAGCGGUGACAGGACGGCUACAGAACAUCAGACUUUGUUGGUGUGUUCGUUUGUUUGUUUGUUUCUUGUUGUUUGCUCUGCCAUCCUCUGUUCAUCCGGCCAGCCUCACUCAGGUUUGGGAUGUUUAGUUCAGUUUAUUAACUGAGCUGAUAUUGUACAUAAUUUUCUGUAUCUCUGGUAUUUCACAAUAAAAUAAAAGACUUCAGUUAUGA